AUGGGUGGCAUCGGUAAAACAACUCUUGCAAGAGUUGCUUACACUCAAAUGUCACCUCAUUUUGAAGGUAAAAGUUUUCUUGCUGAUGUUCGAGAAGUUUCAAAUAAAUGUGGACUUGUUUCGUUACAGAAACAACUUCUUUCUCAAAUCUUGUCUGAGGAAUACUUUAAUUUCUUCAAUAUUCAUGAAGGAAUUGCCUUAAUUAACCACAGGUUAUCUAAUAAAAAGAUUCUUGUUGUUCUUGAUGAUGUUGAUAACCUACAACAUCUAAAAUGCUUGGUUGGAAGGCGUGAUUGGUUCGGUUUAGGGAGCAGAAUUAUUGUAACAACAAGAGACGAACAUUUGCUCCGAUCUUACCGAGUUGAUGAUGUGUAUAAGCCUACAACAUUGAAUGCCAAUGAUGCACUUCAACUAUUCAAUUUGAAAGCUUUUAAUAGUGAGACAAGGCUAGAAAAUGAUUUUAGUGAGCUUUCUAAACAAGUUUUAAAAUAUGCCGGAGGUCUUCCCUUAGCUCUUGAUGUUUUGGGUUCCUUUUUGUGUGAUAGAGAUGCAGCACAAUGGAGAAGUGCAAUAGAAAGACUUGAAAGAGAUUCCAACAAAGAAAUUAUUGAGAGACUUCAAAUAAGCUUUGAUGGAUUGGACCAAACUGAGCAAAACAUAUUUCUAGAUAUAGCUUGCUUCUUUAAUGGGGAGGAGAAAGAUUUUGUAAUAAAAGUAUUAGAUGGUUGUGAGUUUUUUCCGGAUAUUGGAAUUGAUGUUCUCAUUAAGAAAUCUCUACUAAGAGUUAAUAAAGACAACAAAUUGUGGAUGCAUGACUUGCUACAAGAAAUGGGAAGAAAAAUUGUUAGGGAAAAAUCUGUUGAUGAACCCGAAAACGUUGCAUUGGGAGAAAGAUGUUGUACUAGAUUAGCAAAUGUUCAUCCAUCCGUUGGAGUUCUCAAGAGGCUUAAGGUUUUGAAUGUAAGAGGCUGCAAAAGUCUUAGGAGUUUUCCAACCAAAAUUGGAAUGGAAUCUCUUGAAAAGUUAAUUCUUUCAGGUUGCUCAAAUCUUGAAAGCUUUUCAGAGAUUGAUGGCAAAAUGGAAUGUUUGCUAGAGCUUUAUUUAGAUGGGACAUGCAUUAAAGAGCUACCUUUUUCAAUUGGAAAUCUGAGCAGUCUUGUUUUGUUAAAUUUGAAAGGUUGUAGGAACCUUGUGAGUCUCCCAAGCAGCAUAGGUGGGUGCAGAAGUUUAAAAAUUCUUAAUCUUUCUGGUAAUCCAAGAGGAAGGACAAAUUCCAUGGCUCCUAUGGUGCCUCCGUUGUUAGGUUUGAGUUCAUUAACAAAGCUGAAUUUAAGGGACUGCAAUCUUUGUGAAGGAGAUAUUCCUUGUGAUAUUUCUCACCUAUCCUCUUUGGAGAGACUUGACCUUAGUGGUAACAAUUUCAUCAGCAUACCGUCGUCUCUUAUUCGUCUUUCUAAGCUUGAAACUCUUGAAUUGUCAGGUUGCAGGGCGCUUAAAUCGUUGCCUGAGCUUCCAACAAGUAUUAACUGCUACAAAUUGGCUGAGAACAUCAAUGCAUUAACACUGUUGAAAGAACAUCUUAAGGUAUUUGGAAAUUCAAGAAAAAUGUUUAAUGUUAUUAUACCUGGAAGUGAAAUCCCAGAAUGGUUUAGUCAACAAAUAGGUGGCUCUACGAUUAUGAUAGAUUUGCCUCUGGAAGUUCUGAGUGAUAAUCAAUGGAUGGGAGUUGCUUUGUGCUGCAUUUUUGUCAGUUAUGAUGCUUCAGAGGAUGAGGGACUCAUGUGUCAAGCUGUUAUCCUUGAUAGAUAUUCUAGAUAUGCCAAUUGGACUGAAUAUAUGUUCCAGGACAAAUGUGGUGAACAUGAUGAAACCAAGAAUUUAUGGGCAACAGAUUGCUUCGAUCAUGAAUACUAUCAACUUUGGCUAUCUUUCGGACAUAAACGUAGUGUUUGGGUGAAGAAAUGCGGUGUUAGAAUAGUGUAUGAGAGCGAUUUGGAAGAAAUGGAAUAUGAGAGCGAUUUGGAAGAGAUGGAAUAUGAGAGCGAUUUGGAAGAGAUGGAACAAAUACAAGAGCUGCAUAGUAGUCAGUGUUGUGCAAAUUUUGAAGAUAUCCAGCAAGACACUGCUGAUGAUGGAUCAAUAGCUAACAGUUCCCUUAUAAAGCGAAAACGUAAUAUCUAUGAGGAGAUGGAUGAAGGGCGGCAACAAAAAUGGAUGCAAAAAAUUUUCAAUUCUAUAAUGAGCAGACUGGGAAGAUGCAUUAAUUGUGAUAAAUAUAGUGUUAAGGUGAAGAAGUGCGGUGUUAAAGUAGUGUAUGAGAGAGAUUUGGAAGAGAUGGAACAAAUACAAGAGCUGCAUAGUAGUCAGUGUUGUGCAAAUCUUGAAGAUAUCCAGCAACACUAUGCUGAUAAUAGAUUAAUAGCUAACAGUUCCCUUAUAAAGCGAAAAUGUAAUAUCUAUGAGGAGAUGGAUGAAGGGCGGCAACAAAAAUGGACGCAAAAAAUUUUCAAUUCUAUAAUGGGCAGACUGGGGAAGAAGCAUUAA